AUGGCGACCGACAACCUCAGGCAGCGGCAUGGCCCUGCGACCGCCCAAGUUGCCGACCCCAACUCCAGCUCCAACGAGCCACGCUCUGAGCCAACACCGCACCCAGGCGGUAAGAUCAAGCAUGGGCCAUGGCAGCAGGCCCUGCGCAUGUUUCUGUUUGCCGUCUACUUCAACGGCAGCAUACUGGCCAUCGCGGUCACGCAGUUCAUCGGCGCGCCGCUGUACUUCUACAGCAAGGACUUGUUCUAUGCUUGGAUGGCCAUGAGCAAGCAGCAUUUCGGCAUCGUCAGCACCACCAUGACAUAUUGGUGGGCACCCGUCAAGAUCAGGAUCAGCGGAGACGAGAGCGUCAGAGGACAAAUGCGGAAGACUGAGGAUGGUCGACUCGAAUGCGACUUUCCAGAGCGUAUUGUUUACGUCUCGAACCACCAGAUCUACACCGACUGGGUCUACCUCUGGUGGAUUGCCUACACCUCCUCCAUGCACGGCCACCUCUACAUAAUCCUCAAAGAAUCCAUAAAAUACAUCCCCAUACUCGGCACUGGCAUGAUGUUCUACGGCUUCGUCUUCCUUAGUCGCAAAUGGGCCACAGACAAGGAGCGUUUCCGAUACCGGCUCAAGAAGCUUUCCACAAGCCACAGCGGGCCAUUGUCCGGCAGCAAAGGCCUUGAUCCCAUGUGGUUGCUGCUCUUCCCCGAGGGCACCAACUUGAGCAAGAAUGGACGGGCUGCGAGCAAGAAGUGGGCGGACAAGAAUGACAUGCCCGAUCUCCGACAUGCAUUGCUUCCACGCAGCACCGGUCUGCACUUUUGUCUACAAGAACUCAACGACACAGUCGAGUGGAUGUACGACUGUACACUGGCAUACGAAGGCGUACCCGUAGGCCAAUACGGCCAAGACCUCUUCACCCUGCGCGGCACCUAUUUCCAAGGCCGUCCCCCAAAGUCGGUCAACAUCCACUUGCGUCGCUUUCGCAUCGCCGACAUUCCGCUGGACGACGAGAAGGAGUUCAGCGACUGGUUACUGGCUCGAUGGCGCGAGAAAGACGACAUGUUGCAGUAUUAUGUCGAAAACAACCGCUUUCCAGCCGAUGAGGGGGUGACGCCGAACGUCAACGGAGGGCAACCCAUCAAGGGUGCGGGAUGGAUUGAAACCGAAGUCCGACCUGUCAAGUGGGCUGAGUGGGUGCAGGUGUUCAUUCCUACCGCGGCGUUAGCGUUGGUCAUCAACGUCUUGGUCAAGAUGGCCAAUGUUGUUUUGAGACUGACCAGGGUGAAGUGA